CGUCCUACGGUAUAAAUGGAACGCGAAGUGCCUACAGACGUUUUAGUUCUUUUCAAGAUAGUGUCGGAUGAUGGGCCACGCAUCCUAUGAAAUACUCUUCUUUUUCUCGGUGACGUGCAUCUACAUGACGUGCGGAAUACUAACGACGAGCCCAACGAAAUUGCCGUCCAUCGUACACGGCUAUCUACCCCCUCGAAGCGUUCCCGUUUCGACGAGUUCUUCAAGGAGCGUUAUUUACGCCAAUCACAAGUACGACGUUGUCGACGAACCUGAAGAAAAUGACGAUCAUCGUCUAGAAGAUAGCUAUUUGCAUCCAGGCUCAAGGCCAACUACGGUGUCUCUUUCUUUUAAGGAUGAAAUUCCUAAAACGUUCGAUAAAGCUGAGAAAAUUGUCAGCUCAAUGAAUCAGAAUCGCGGGAGAUUCCCACCGAGGUCAGAAAAGUUUUUUGAUAUAUCGACGAAGAGUUCAAGCUCGAUUGAACGUCAUCUUCUUGCUCCUGUCAGAUCGCAAUACAAAGUAGAGGAGGAUGCAAAGAAAGAAGAAGACUAUGUCGUUAGAGAAAACACAGCUACCGAUUACGAAGGAUCGCCGGCUUAUCUUGGGAAAAAUGUAAAUCCGACAAAGCCCUAUCACGAUUCGCAAGACAUAACAAGCGCCAUCAAGUUUCUGGAUCGUUUCCUAAGCAGGACACUAAACGGCGAUAGCUACAACAACGAGCUACAUCCACCAACCAAUCCUGUUUUGGCUCUGGUCCUGUCUCGAUAUGGACGAUACGUGUCUGGCCCACGAAACCCUCGUCUAUAUUCAUAUAUGGCGCCAUACAAGUUGGAAUCCUCGAAUCAAAGUUACUACAUCGUCAGGAUUCUCGCUAAGAUUCAGUGUAGAAGGAAGUCGGAGAAGAUGACAUAUAACAUCGACCAGAGGGGAUGCUGGAAGGAUUCGUCAGGAUGUUGCCGACACUAGUGUUGCCGUUGGUGAUAGUGCAUAAAUAAACUCUCGUGCCUCUUCGUUGCGAUUCGAUCACGUCGAGCUGCGUUACUUCCAC